UUUAAUGUAUUUCCUCCAGUUCUGUACUUGAUAUAUGGUGUAUUUCCGUUACCACAGCCACCUCCUCUGUUAGACCUGGACGAAACCAAACCCAGUGACACUGAGCCAUCUGUGGAGAAAGCCAGGUUCGACCGUCUGGCCCGAGCCAACAGCAGGGAAUUUAUCAAACCAAAGGAACCAGCCGACAGUCUCUUAGAGCAGAUGGAAAGUCUCCCUGUAUGAGGAGGGCAUGAGAGUCACCAGGACUCUGAAAACAGGCCCAGCAACACCCCAAGGUCAGCAGCUGACAUGGCUGACCUGUCCUCAUCUGAUCCUCCUCUGGAAUCGAGACAGCAGCUGCUGCAGCAAAAGUUCAGACAGGAAAUGGAGGCUAAGAAACUGCAGUCUAAGCAAGAUGACCCAGAAUUACGGGACUUCAAUCUGGAUGGCAUUGAUAUGCUCGACAAUCCUGCUACAGGCUCCAGAGAAUCUCCCCGUCCCAUGACACCGAGCCAGCACAAGAUGAUGAUGUGCAGCAAGUCCCCACAGAGAGCCCAAUACCUGAGAGCACCAGCUCUAACCCAGGGACAAGUUGUUCCUCAAGGCAAGGGAGGAUAUGGCCAGUACAGAUCCUCUGACAUGAGAAUUACAGCAGGAUAAGGUACACUCUGAUCUGUUUGUGGAAUAAAUACAUGCUCAUUUAAAAUACUUUGUGUUUAGGCAAGUAUCUACAUGCCCAGUUCUGGUUUUGCCUCUUAACUCUUAAACAUCCCACAUCCUAAUUAAUAUAUAAAUAGCCAGGGACUUAUCAGUCUCAGAGCUGGCAGCCUGCGGCCCACAAUUCAUAACAAGCCUGUGUUUGUUGAAUGUGCCUGUUCAUUAAGAGAAAAUAACUUUAGCUUCUUUUUAAAUAUGGACCUAUGGUAAAGAUGUAAUUGUUAAUGCAGGUGGACCACAGAGCCCAUACAGACA